AUGUCUGUUAUUCCCCGCAAGCAUGUGUGUGUCAUCGACUUCGCAGGAGGGAACUUGCUGGGUUGUGGCAGGACAGAGGUGAGCCAAAUAAGUCACUUGAUAGAAGGAGACAUGGAAGACAUCCAGGAGAAUCUACAGCAUGAGGAGGAUUCGUCUGUCGGCGACUUUGCAUCCUCGUCUUCCAGCAAUCACCCUCCUUUACGCUCCACGCGACUUCCUGUCCAAAGGAGCAGCGUCUGUUCUCGGGCUUAUUUCGUCGUGGUGAUGGUCUUCUUUCACGUCUACAUUCUGAAUGUUAUCGCCCUAUUGCUAUACGUCCACUACAAUAACGGCCCCGGGAAUAUCGUCAGUAGUGAUGGGACUUCCUCUGCCGGCGAGGGGGAAAGUCCUUCCCUUGAGUCCAUGCCUCCCCCAAGAGAACCCCAUGAAGAGGAGGAAAGUCAUGUCAUCAGGCUUCCUCGGAUUGAGGGGAUCAGGGUGGGACAUAUUCAGUCGGUGUCCCUCAUGUCUGAUAGAAGACACAAGAUGAAGACACUCAGCCUGAAACCUCUCUUAUUCGAGAUCCCUGGCUUCCUGUCAGAGGAGGAGUGCCGAGUGGUCGUGCAGCUGGCUCAACUCAAGGGUCUGAUUGAAAGCCAGAUGACAGCAGACAGCCAGGGACAAGAAGAGUCAAACCAGCCACUUCUGUCUCUGAGCAACGAGGAGGUCUUCAGUCUUUUGGACCUCAAUCAGGAUGGGUUACUGCAAAAGCAGGAGAUUGUCAGCCACUCACAUUCUCGAGAUGGGACUUGGUUGAGUCCCAAAAAUCUGCGUCAGAUACUCACUAGCCUGGAAGCCUGCUCCACAGGGAUGCUUAACCUGGAGGAUUUUCAACAUGUUUACGAUCCAUCCCAAGGACAAGAACAAAGUGGAAAGCUCCGCAAUCAGUUCAACCAGAGAAGAAAACAUACAGGGCUUUAUCAAGGCCCGGGAUCACAUCACGUGCUACAGAAACUUAAAAACAGAGUAAUAACCUUGACACGCCUGCCAACCGCAUUGGUUGACAUGAGCGAGCCGCUGCAAGUGUUUCGGUAUGAGCUUGGAGACUUCAGCGACGCUCAUCAUGACAGCAGCAAUCCUCAUGCGGAGACCGCCUGCUCGCACACACGACUGGCAGGAAAUGCCUCUUCCCUCGCAGAGAUCUCCUGCAGGUAUCUUACUGUGUUGAUCUACCUCAGUUCUGUUGAAGAGGGCGGUGAGACCACAUUUCCUGUGGCCGACAACCGUACCUAUGAUGAACAGGCACUGAUCCAAGAUGGAGUUGAUUUAACAGACACCCGGAAGACAUGUGGCCAAGGGAACCUCAGAGUUAAACCCACGGUUGGGACGGCACUCCUCUUGUACAACCAUCUCUCCGAUGGCCAAGGUUGGAUGGGUGAACUGGAUGAGUAUUCGCUGCACGGUGACUGUGUGGUGAAGCGUGGCCUUAAGUGGGUUGCCAACAGCUGGGUAAAUGUGGACCCGGACUAUCAGCAGCAAGCACAUUACCAAAGUCUACUUACUGAAAGGCAUGACGCUAAGUCAGACAUGGAAGAACGUUCCCUACCGCUUUCACACUUUGACCUCCACCAAGAUCUUUAG